AUGGCCGCACCUGGACCGUCGCCCGAGGGCGACAUGCACAUGCCGCCUCCAUUGCCCGCCACCAUCCCCGUUCUUCCCGAUUCUGAUACAUCUGAUACACGAACUGCUUCGUCUGAUCUCACGCCCUCUCGCUUGCCACCGCUCCCGGUCCACCACCCUCUCUCCUUCGAAACACACGACCAAACGGACGCGUUUCCUGAGCUGGUCUCCGUGCUACCGAAACGUCCACUGCCGAGCCCACGCAGCGGCCGGUCUUUUAGUCUGGCUCACUUAUCGGGCCCUAUCAAGCGGAAGCCGUUGUCGUCGACCGCCUCGCCCGCUGCCGUCCGCUUCUCCAAGGGCUCAGCUGCGUAUGCCGACAUCCUCGCCGACCUUCCCCGGCCCGACCAGAGGUUUGCCAGGUCGUGCUCGCUCGACAGCCCGACCCUCUACGAGUUCCCUGAUCAGCGGAGCCUGCUGGCCACGCAAAGUUCGCUAAACACUGUGCUGGACUGGCCGGCAAGUCCAGACACCAACGAGCCAUCAUCUCCCCUCUCCGAUUAUUUCGCUGAACCCGCUGCCGUCCCGGCCGUCGGUGGUGCGGGAGACGCGCAGCUGCGAAACAUUACGGGAAACAACCCUGCAGCUACUCAGACCUCCCACACCCUUUCCGAGGUCGAGAGUCUUAGCGCCGAGACGGCCAGCCUGACCACUCAGGGGUCUGUCCCGUACGAGCUCGACGAUCUGUACUCCAUUCCCGACUCGCCUGAGUCGCCCGAGUCACCGGGAGGCAAACGUACUACCAUCGUUAAUACUAACCCCAAGACCAUGUCCAUGUUCUCACGCAAGUCCCCCCCUCCACAGCUAAAUCUUGGAUCCAACAUCAGAGAUGCGUCCGCCGCGCCCUCAGCAACGUCAUUAGACCAAAAUAAUCUUAAUAAGCCUCUGCCCAAGUCCCCGGCCUCGUCCAAACUCAGCGCCUUCUUCGGUUGGGCCACCACGCCCUCGCCUACGACCGCGACCGAGUACUCGGACAAGAACUUCUCCCCCCUCCCUUCGCCCACGUCGCCUAAGCCGACGACCGCCGUGACCGAGUCCUAUGAGGCUUCCAUCACAAAGAGGGCGACCUUCUCCACCAAUGUUACAGAUCAGAGUAACCCCUUACAGUAUUGCGAAGCGUAUCUUCAGACACCCGCCGAUAGCACAACGUCACUUGACCAGCUGGAAGAGAUGGAGGACGAGCUGAAAGGUAUCAGCGUCGAAUUGGCCUCGUCCAUUCGGCGCGAGAUGGACCUAGAAGAUUUGGUGGACAGACUACAGGAGCAGAUCAACAAUCCGCAAGCGCCCGGGAAACGAACCAGUGACUACUACUCCGACUCUGGCUACAGUUCAGCCAAGUUUAGCGAGUAUGACCAUGCCAAGGAGGAGAUUUCACAGAUUCAGCGCAGGGCAGAUCAAGAAAAGGCCCAGAUCCGCUUGGAAUUGACCAACAAGCUGCAAGAUGAGCGCUCGAAGCGCCGGUCGCUGGACCAACAAAUCCAAGAACUGUCCAGAAGAGCGUCAGAGCUAGAUGUUGCCCACAUCCACAGCAGCGAUGCUAGCGGGCGCGUCAAGGAGCUCGAGAGCAUGUGCGAGGACCUCAGCAGGAAGUUGUCCGAGCAGAGCGAGGCCACGAAAAACCUCGAGGGCCUCCUUAACGCCUUACAGGGCGAACUUCAGACGGCGUCAAAUGAGCGAGACAACCUACGCGAUGAGAUUGUCCCUCAGCUGCGCGCUCGCGUCGAGGGGCUAGAGGCCGAGGCGGCCGAUCAAGCAAAGCUCGCCUACGACACGUCCAAGAUGCAGCAGGAGCUACAACGACUCAAAUUACAAAACGCCGAACUGGAUUCGCUUAGAGCGCAAACCGCCGAGCUAGAUUCGCUCAGAGCGCAGACCGCCGAGCUGGAGUCGCUCAGAGCGCAGACUGCCGAACUGGAUUCCCUCAAAUCGGAGAAUGCCGAGCUCCAAAUGCUCCGGUCCCAGAAUGCUGAGCUGCACAUGCUCAGGUCCCAAAACGCCGAGCUUAAGCAGACCGGGACCCGCAUGUCGAUGGGGAUGGGGCUGUCUAGGUCCGUAUCAGUCACCGGCGGCUCGUUCAGGAAGAACCGCACCUUGUCCAUCGCCCGGUCCAACAGCACAAAAGUGACUGAGCCCCGCGACGUCCUGGCCGAGAGGCUAAAAGACGUCGAGGACCAGCGGGACAUGUUGCACGCCGCCCUCAAGAAACUUCUCGAGAGACAAGAGCUCCAGAACCGCGAGCACACCAAGAGGAUACGACAGCUCGAGAUGGAACGCGAUCGCCUCCUCACCGCAUCGCCCAAAAGGGCUGGCUACGAGCGGGAAGUUUCCAACCUCCGCGAGGAGAUCAGCGUACUGCGCCGACGGGCCGAGGAGGCCAUCGAGCAGAAGUGGCAGGUUGAGAAAGGCCUUGCGGGGCUCAAGAUGGACCUGGACAGGGCCGAGGGCGAGAUUGCGUCUCUCCGAAGCCUCCUCCAGGAGAAGGACAUUCUUAUCCCCGAGGCUCUCGCCCGGCCAGGCAGCAGCCACAGCCAAUCCGACUUGCCCGUCAGCUCCCACUCCCUGGAGCAAGCGUACGAGGACCUGCAAGCCGCAUACAUGGAUGCCCUGGAACGUAUCAAGGCUCUCGAGGAGAACGCGGGGCCGGACGAGAAGACGCAGCUUGCUAUUCAACGGCUGGAGCAAUCCGUCUCGGCCGCCAUCUCAGACCGCGACCGCGCCCGCAGCGAUGCCGCCUCUUACCUUGAGCAAAUCGAAACCCUCCAAACCCUCGAGAAGGAACACCUCGACACCGAGAGCGACCUCGCCGCGCAGCUCCACGAGUCUGCCCGCCGCGUCGAAGAAUUGGCUCAGCAAGUCCGCGCCCAGCUCGAAGCAAACGCUAGCCUGCGCACCCGCCUGGCCGGCACCAUCGCGCGCGGAGAGGCCGAGCAGCGCGUCAGCACAGACCGCAUCUCGGGCAUGCAAGCCCGCCUGCGCACCCUCGAGGAGCAGGUCGUGGCCGCCCAGACCGGUGCCGAAGAGCGCGUCACCCGCCACGAAGAGGAGCUCGCCGCCCUCCGAGACGCCCACAGCGCCCAGCUCAACCGCCUGCGCGACGCAACCGGCGGCACCCGCCGCGGCAGCGGCCAGGGCCAGCGCGUGUUCCCACCCAAAUCACCCCUCUCCCCCAUGUUCAGCCUGCGCACCUCCCCCGCCCCACGCAAGUCCACUCCGCCCUUCCUCGGCGUCGACGACGCCAACGCCGACGCCAACACCCCCAACAGCAGCCAACGCCCCGGCGGCGGCCUGCGGCGCUCGACCACCGAGCCCGUGGACAUGACGGCGCAGAUGGCCACGCUGCGGGGCCGGGUGUCGGAGCUCGAGGGCGCGCUCGCAUCCGCCGACGCCGAGAUGCAGGAGGUGGUCGGCCGCAUGAGCGCCGCGCAGAUCGAGGUCCUCCAGCUGCAGGAGCAGCGCGAGGAGGCGGUGCGCGAGACGAGGAGGCUGCAGCGUGUUUUGGAGGAGGAGAGGGUGCGGGUUUUUGAGGGGAGGUGGAGAAGUUUGUCGACAGAGGUUAGGUAA